CAAAUGAAGGCCCACAUCGGCCCGACUUGCUUGCUCCUUAAAAAUCGUCACCAAGAUUGUGCACUUAAACCCCUAAAACCCUAUUUCCACCGAUUGAAUCCCUAAAAUCCCCAAAAGUCUCUUGCUUUUCUUCACUGUGCAAAAAUGGCAGAUCAUAUAGCAGCAAUGGAAGCUCAAAUGGUAUCGGAGAGAAUGAGAAGGAAGCUCAGUGAAGUUAAUUCAGCUGCUCAGGCUCAACUCUCCCCUGUCCAAGAUCACAUCAAUUUCACUCUUCAGCAAGCAUACUUCAAAUGUGCAUAUGAGUGCUUUGAUAGGAGAAGGAAGCAAGAAGAGAUAAGCAAUUGCGUUGAACAUUGCAGUGUUCCAGUUCUUAAUGCUCAGAAUCACUUUGAGAAUGAGAUGGCCAAGUUUCAAGAAAGGUUGAACAGGUCUCUGAUGGUCUGCCAAGACAGAUUUGAGGCAGCUAAGGCUCAGCAGCUUGGAUCUGAUGCUGUAAAUGUUUUGGAGUCGUGUGUUGACCAGUCAAUCCAGGAUAACAUGAAGACACUGCCACAUCUAGUUGGAAGAAUGAAGCAAUCCCUUGCCAUCCGUGAUGAAGCUAAAUGAGCAUUAUGACAAUUUAAUUUUUAACCUUCAAUUACUUCUGAAUUUCUGUAUCAGUAAUGAGAAUUGGCGCGACGUGAAAUAGUCCUUGUAGAGACCGAAAGAGUUGGAGGAGCCAGCAUCUUAUGUUCACCACCUUGUGUUAAAUAUUCUGCUCGCCAAAUCGAUGACAACUUGAGCUUAGGCUUGGGGUUGCAUCUUAGCAACAGAAGGUAAUGGUGUGAAUUAACACCAGUGAAACGUUCAACAUUAUUUUAUUGAAUCCAAGCAUUUAGUUUUUGGGAAAGCAA